AUGACAGCCGACGCCUUCCAUUCUCCCAGCCAGGGGACAAGCCCGGAUUCCCCCGCUCUGCAUCGGGCCUCCCCGUCGAGCUGCAAAGUGGAGCCCUUCUCGAUCAAGUCGGAGCCCAGAGGGAGCCCGGCGGACAGAGGAACCGAGCAGCCUGCGGACGAUCAGUCGGCCGGUCCCGGCGCCUCGGCCAGCGCAGGCGGUGGCGGCCGUCGAAGGAAGCGCCCGGUGCAGCGAGGGAAGCCCCCGUACUCCUACAUCGCCCUGAUCGCCAUGGCCAUCGCCAACGCGGCGGAGCGGCGGCUGACGCUGGGCGGCAUUUACAAGUUCAUCACUGAGCGCUUCCCAUUCUACCGCGAGAAUCCCAAGAAGUGGCAGAACUCCAUCCGCCACAACCUGACGCUCAACGACUGCUUCGUCAAGAUCCCCCGCGAGCCGGGCCACCCGGGCAAGGGCAACUACUGGACCCUGGACCCGGCCGCCGAGGACAUGUUCGACAACGGUAGCUUCUUGCGCCGCAGGAAGCGCUUUAAGCGCACGGACCUCACCACCUACCCGGGCUACAUGCCCAGCGCCAGCGCCUUCACCUCCAACGUGGCUUCGGUCGGGAGGCCCGGUCCUUGCGGUGGCCCCGGAGCUCUGGGUUACCCGGGGGGCGGCGAUCCCGUCUAUUCGCCCGUCCGCGCGUACAGCCCCCAGCUCUCCGCCCUUCCCCAGUACCCGGGGGCGCCGCCUGCGCUGGCCUCGCGAAUGUUCAGCAUCGACAGCCUCAUCAGUUCCAAACAGCAACACGGCGUGAGCGACCUGGGCCCCUGCCCAAUGGGCAACCCGACGGAGACCUAUUUCCAAGCGCAGCCAGUGAGUCCCGGCUUAAUGGGUCGGCAGCCCGCCGCCCCGACCUACCCCUACGCCGCCUCUCCAUCGGGCCACCUAGCGGUGCCUCCCGACGCCUAUUCGCCUCCCCACUCGCAGCUGUAUGGAGCCCCCAGCAGGCUGCUUGUGCAACCCGGGCGCCCAGCCCCUUCUUGCCCGGAACACGCGGAGCAGCUGAUGGGCCUCACAGCCUCGCAGCUCAAUGGGCUCGGCCAGUUUGGAGCCGCCGCCGCCGGCAGUGCCUACCUGAGACAGUCAAAUUUUUCCUCUGGCUUGGAGAAAUAUUUGUAA